AUGUCGCUCAGAGCACCAGAAACACCAGACACUUUCGAAGAAUUGUUGCACGACAUCAAAACUAAAAUUAUAACAAGGAUAACUCAUUGGCAACAUCCACGAUUCCACGCUUUUUAUCCCUCCGGCCCUUCCUACUCGAAUACGCUCGGGUAUUUCAUCACACAUGCUCUUACUACUCUCGGAGAUUGCGAUAGGAAUUUUCUCAUUCUGGGAACUCCUCCUCUCUUGUUCGUACCCCAUUACUCCCUCGUGAAUUUGCAAGUCUCAACGGUACCUGAAAAACAUCAACAGUGGGCACUGGGAUCCAUUCAGGCUCCUUUUCCGAUUUCGUUCCAAGUUCAAAAACCGGAAGCUAUUGUCUUCAUCCGUUCCAUUUUCAAUGAAAUGGGAGUGAUGUAA